GGAAGAGAAACAGGCGUUAGCAUUCUCCAGCAUGCAAAACAUGUGUCCCUGGCUCCUUCCAUUACGCACCAUUGCUUCGAAUACGCACAUAAAUAACAAGAGGAAGUUGGCAUCAGAGGAAGAAAACGUCGCACUCGCAUCAUUCGCACACAGAAUAUCAGAACAUUGCACACACUCAGAGUUAGUCAAUGGCGAAUUUGCCACAAUCAAUCUCAAUUAGUGGUGCGUCCUUUGGAGCUUCUUCUGUCUCUGCAACGAAGGAUCGAAGAAUGGCGUCUGUGGAACAUCUCGUCCUCGAACUCAGCAAUCCUGAUCUCCGAGAAAACGCACUCCAUGAACUCUCCAAGAAGAGAGAGUUGUUUCAGGAUCUUGCUCCAUUACUGUGGAAUUCUUUUGGUACUAUGGCAGCACUUUUGCAGGAAAUAGUUUCAAUAUACCCUGUUAUUUCCCCGCCAAACCUUACUCCAGCACAAUCAAACCGAGUCUGCAAUGCUCUUGCCCUUCUUCAGUGUGUGGCGUCUCACCUUGAUACAAGGAUGCAAUUCCUCAACGCUCAUAUACCUCUUUAUCUGUAUCCCUUCCUUAAUACAACAAGUAAGUCCAGGCCAUUUGAGUAUUUGAGGCUUACCAGUCUAGGAGUCAUUGGUGCCUUGGUAAAGGUUGAUGAUACAGAAGUUAUAAGUUUUCUUCUUUCAACAGAGAUUAUUCCGCUGUGCUUGCGCAGUAUGGAAAUGGGCAGUGAAUUAUCAAAAACGGUUGCAACCUUUAUAGUCCAAAAAAUUCUGCUGGACGAAAUUGGUUUGAAAUAUAUUUGCACUACAGCAGAACGCUUUUAUGCAGUAGGUCGAGUUUUGGGAAACAUGGUGGCAACUCUUGUUGAGCAACCGUCAUGCCGUCUUUUGAAGCAUAUCAUUCGUUGCUAUCUUCGCCUGUCAGAUAAUCAGAGUGCUUGCGAAGCUUUAAGAACCUGUCUCCCAGACAUGUUAAGAGACGCUACAUUCAGUAGUUGCCUUCGUGAGGACCCAACAGCAAGGCGGUGGCUACAGCAGUUGCUUCACAAUAUCGGAGUCAAUCGAGUUCCUACACUUCAAGGUGGAGGAGGAUUUGAUCAUAUGAUGGUGUCGUGAGAACAGAGACCUUGACUUGUUGCUUUACUAUCAUUCUGAAAUUUUCUAACUUGCUGUGAGCGAACAUUAAAUGGCAUUUUCAGAUGAGCAUGCACUAAGAAUGGAAAUUGAUACGGAAGGAUCUACCUUUUCCGCUUGAUGUAAACAGGUCAGCAUCUAAUCUGACAAUUACAUGGGUAGAUCACAUGAGAGCAAGGACAUGGACAAAUUAAUCAUUAAUUUUUCUUGUAUUUUUAAUAACAUAGU